AUGUGUGCAGUUCACUUUGAAGAGAGCAGUUUUCGUAACUCGGAGAAAAACUCUUUAUGGAGAGAGGCUGUUCCAACAAUUUUUCGUGAACAGAGCGAAGUAGUCACUUGCAGGGCAAAACGAAAACUUUUCACUGAUUCAGUUGAAGACGAGUUUGACGAAGGUGGGCAAACGUUUAUUUGUCUAUUAAUGAAUGACCAAAUUGAUUUAUUUGAAGUUUUCAAUGCAGUUCUCAUAUUUAACUACAGCUUCCUUAUUUUCAUGCCGAUAUAGUAAAACGCAGAAAAACAUGUGAAUUGAAAAAUACAGGUAAAUAUAUAAAAUGGACACAAUCCUGUGUUGCCGAUAUAGGAAUUGAAAAUCAAUGUUGACAGCUUUUAAAUUUUUUUUUAAUAUAGUAAAUAUAUAGCGGCGCUAUAAACAAUUUCUACUGAAAAAAUCGUAGCAGUGAUACGCUUUUAUGGUGUUAUAACUAUGGCUAAAUGUGUGUAUUCGCUUUUAUUAUUUGAGAAUCAAUCUUUAGGGUACAGACUGAUGACUGUUUUAGAUUUAAAACUUUAUAUCAAUUCAAAACAGAGACUAUUUGUAGCAAGCUGCCAAGCCAAACGUUUAUGGCUUAUGCCGUGUAGUGCAAAAGGGAUUGUAGAAACCAUUUCAAAUUCCUUGCCGUUUUUGCCCUUGUGCUUGGAACCAAUAAUUUUUAAAUCUUUACUUAUAUGUAGUACCUGUUUUAUAGUGUGCUGUCCAAACAGAUGUAUUUCACAGUCAUCGGUCAGCCAUUUAAUAUACACGAUGAACAACUUGCGUUCGUCUUUCGGUCUUUGUCUUCAAAAACCAAAUCAAUGCUUGUAAAAUAUUAUUUCCAUUGCCUUUGCAAAUGUCUUUGCCAAUUCACUGCUACAACAAAAAUAGGUUUUCUCGAAUACGUCUUCAUCGCCAAUCUCUGUUAAUAAAAAACAAAAAAACCCUAUUUUUUUCUUUUUGUCUUCUUAUAAAAUAUGUCCUGGCUUUCGGCAAAAAAAUUUGAUCCCAUUUGGUCUUAAAGCUUUAUUAAAUAAGUCUAAUCUUACCUUCCAGUAUAAAACGUCUAUGGUCUCUCUUCUUCGACCUUUCGGCAUUUUUAACGGCAACAAAAAAUCUACUUUUACAAAAAAAUGCACGAGUGAGGAAUUCGAAGUAUCUUUCGUUCUACUUCUGGCUCUUCUUUGUCCAAGCCCCAAGGUCGUUGCUAGGCAAUCAAACAUGCACGAGUUUCAUAAUUGACCAAUCAAAUCGAUAUGUCAAUAGGCAAUUCCAGCUUUUAGUUUAUGCCUGCAGGGGAUGAUGGGAAGUAAGGUAUCAUAUUGCCGAUUAUGCUGAAAAAUUUCAAUAAGCUAUCACUCCGUAUUUACACAGCCACCAUGCAUUUUUAUUUUUUCAGCAUAAUCAGCAAUUAGCAAUGUGAUACCUUACUUCCCAUCACCCCUUGCACGCAUAAACUAAAAGCUGGAAUUGUCUAUUAGCCUUUCUCACGCCGACAUUUUUGGGUGGCGUUUCAGGCUUUCAGCCGAAGUCUGCAAGAUAAGUCCACAUAACAGCGACUUUUUUAUAAAGUUUGGAACGAAUGAUGGUAAAUUUGCUGUGUAAAUGGUUUGAAAAAUUGCUUUUCACAUUGUUUUAAUUGUCUGCAUUGGCUAACGAGAAUAGAUGCCACACAAAAAUGACGGAUAUUCGUAAUCGUGAGAAAGGCUAAUUGCAUGUGAUUGUGCACGUGAUUCAUUGUGCAUGUCAUUCUAAAUAGUAUACUGUAUAUUUGAUUGGUCUUGAUUAGCUAAAUCGAUGUAGUCUGCGAGCGCAGACUUCCUUAGCGGAUACUACAGUCUGCAAAGAAGACUAGAUCGAUAGAGAAUACCAUUGACGGUCCCCAAUAUUUUCUUGUAUUCGCCCCCUGUUUGUCUAUGUGUUUUUGCAUGUCUGGAAGCACUAAGCAGAAAGCAUAAGGCAAUGACUAAUGUCGAUCAAAUUUUUGAUAAGGUUCGGGUGAGAAGUGCAUAUAAAAUAUGGACUUACAGUAACAAUGGUGGAAAUUCUCAUUUUUUAGGUGGUGGAGCCCUCCCUUAUGUAUUUCCGACAAACCUUCCUAAAUUUCCAACUAAAAUUUGGCAGUUUUUACAGUUUUCAUUUGGGUCGCAUAGGCGGUCGCAGCUAUUUAAUAAACAUGCACGUCAGUCAAGAACACAUUACCAUUGCUGUGUUUUUGCACUAUAGAUUCCGCUAUACAUAGUUAUGGAGAAGAUGUGGUCAUUGGGGCUCAUACCCCAGGUGGCAGCGACGAAGGUAUGUCAUCGAAACAGACCAUACAAGCUACAGUCACAAGGUUUUAAUUUUAUAAUUUACUUUAAGUUCCUAAAGUAAUGUCUGUGUUUUUGUACUAUAGAUCCCGCUAUACAUAGUCCUGGAGAAGUUGUGGUCACUGGGGCUCAUACCCCAGGUGGCAGCGACGAAGGUAUGUCAUCGAAACAGACCAUACAAGCUACAGUCACAAGGUUUUAAUUUUAUAAUUUACUUUAGGUUCCUAAAGUAAUGUCUGUGUUUUUGCACUAUAGAUUCCGCUAUACAUAGUCCUGGAGAAGAUGUGGUCAUUGGGGCUCAUACCCCAGGUGGCAGCGACGAAGGUAUGUCAUCGAAACAGACCAUACAAGCUACAGUCACAAGGUUUUAAUUUUAUAAUUUACUUUAGGUUCCUAAAGUAAUGUCUGUGUUUUUGUACUAUAGAUCCCGCUAUACAUGGUUAUGGAGAAGUUGUGGUCAUUGGGGCUCAUACCCCAGGUGGCAGCGACGAAGGUAUGUCAUCGAAACAGACCAUACAAGCUACAGUCACAAGGUUUUAAUUUUAUAAUUUACUUUAGGUUCCUAAAGUAAUGUCUGUGUUUUUGCACUAUAGAUUCCGCUAUACAUAGUCCUGGAGAAGAUGUGGUCAUUGGGGCUCAUACCCCAGGUGGCAGCGACGAAGGUAUGUCAUCGAAACAGACCAUACAAGCUACAGUCACAAGGUUUUAAUUUUAUAAUUUACUUUAGGUUCCUAAAGUAAUGUCUGUGUUUUUGUACUAUAGAUCCCGCUAUACAUGGUUAUGGAGAAGUUGUGGUCAUUGGGGCUCAUACCCCAGGUGGCAGCGACGAAGGUAUGUCAUCGAAACAGACCAUACAAGCUACAGUCACAAGGUUUUAAUUUUAUAAUUUACUUUAGGUUCCUAAAGUAAUGUCUGUGUUUUUGCACUAUAGAUCCCGCUAUACAUAGUCCUGGAGAAUAUGUGGUCAUUGGGGCUCAUACCCCAGGUGGCAGCGACGAAGGUAUGUCAUCGAAACAGACCAUACAAGCUACAGUCACAAGGUUUUAAUUUUAUAAUUUACUUCAGGUUCCUAAAGUAAUGUCUGUGUUUUUGCACUUUAGAUCCCGCUAUACAUGGUUAUGGAGAAGAUGUGGUCAUUGGGGCUCAUACCCCAGGUGGCAGCGACGAAGGUAUGUCAUCGAAACAGACCAUACAAGCUACAGUCACAAGGUUUUAAUUUUAUAAUUUACUUUACGUUCCUAAAGUAAUGUCUGUGUUUUUGCACUAUAGAUCCCGCUAUACAUAGUCCUGGAGAAUAUGUGGUCAUUGGGGCUCAUACCCCAGGUGGCAGCGACGAAGGUAUGUCAUCGAAACAGACCAUACAAGCUACAGUCAUAAGGUUUUAAUUUUAUAAUUUACUUUAGGUUCCUAAAGUAAUGUCUGUGUUUUUGCACUAUAGAUCCCGCUAUACAUGGUUAUGGAGAAGAUGUGGUCAUUGGGGCUCAUACCCCAGGUGGCAGCGACGAAGGUAUGAAGAUAUUUACCGUUGUGACUGCGGUUUCGCUUUUAAUUAAAGCUUUGUUUUGAUUGAUAUAGGCUAUGUGCACACGGGCGUCGUUUUCGAGCGUUUUCAAAAACGUUUUUGUCCCUUUAAUCGCUUUGAUGCCCUGUUCACGUGGUUCAAAGGAAAAUAUCUCCAAUAUAUUAAAUAAAAUACAGCUUCAGUCGUAAAUUAAUAGUUUUCGCAUCCGUUUUAGCGUGAAAACGCAAAUGAAAACGCUCGAAAACGUUACCGUGUGCACGUAGUCAUAGACUCAGUUAUAGUUAACGCUUCUAACUUCUAAGACUGUCCGUCCAUCUACGAACUUUGUUCGAAGAAAAUAUGUCCCACCAUGUGGCAGUCGUUUAUAAACACGUUAAUAUCUAUCAUACUAGGUUUCAUAUAACUAUGGAGUUUUAUUUCAUUUAGCUGAAUUAUUCGCUUCAUAUUUGUACAAAUUGUCUGAGCCUUUUGACUCGCAAGCACUCGCAAGUUGCGAGUGGCGAGUGCUUGCGAGUGAGAUGAAAUGCGAGUACUCGCGAGUAGCGAGUCAGAACGAGUACUCGCUUUGACUCGCGAGUACUCGCUACGCGCGAGUGGAGGUACCCUUACUCGCGACAGGUACUGUAUGUUUAACAAAAUAAAAGUUUAAUAAGUGUUUCACAUACGUUUUUAAUAUUUUAAUACAGGAUAGAGUUGGGAAGUAUUAUAACCAAGAGAACCUCGUUUAAUCCAGGCUUUAAGCCGGUUACAGACGAACAAGUUAUCGGUGACAAGUUUUCAUAUGACAAGUUUUCUUUGUCAAUUGCACGUGUGUACGUACAACAAAGUUUUUAUGAUAAUUUUUUGGGUUUCUGACCGCCUCGAUAUAUAGGUAUUAUAUUUUCACGACAUAAUAGCUAUAUAUCGUGUUACGAGCUAUUACGAUAUAAAUUGCUUACCAACCGCAUGCAUUAUUACUCAAGUGCUUAGAUUAUUUUGCAAUUUUCUUUGCUGACCCAUACAGGUACAGACGAGCAAAAUUUGUAUUUUGCCAAUUUUGCCAGAAAAAACAUACUCGUCUGUAAUUGGCUUUAACUUCUCAAAAUGCUUGACAUUGUGACUGAUCAUAAUUUCGCUCUUGCGAACAGGUAAUUACAUAGAUAAAUAAUCUCUUAUUUUCACACUCUAGAACAAACAAUGCAUGUUGAUGCAAAAUGCCAAACCAGCAAAAAGUUGUCACAUGGUACCCCAAGGAAGGUGAAGCUACGUAAAGUCAUUGAUGGACAGCGAAAGAGAGUGAAAAGAAUGAGAGAGGCAUUGAACAUGAAGAAAAAAAGAAAACCCAGUUUACAAAAAGAAGAAGCGAUGACCAUUCUACGGCAGUUCUUACCUGACAACAUCACUAAAUUCAUCGAAUUGCAAAUCGACCUGCACCAGAAGAAACCAAAAGGCCGAAGAUACACCAAGGAAACUAAGCAGUUCGCAUUGUCUCUCUAUCAUAUUAGUGGGGGGGCAUACCGGAUGGUUGCUAAAUUUUUCUCCCUUCCUUCAAAGUCGAGCCUACUGAAGUGGGUUUCUGGAUUACCAAGAUCUCCUGGAUUAACCAAGGAAGCCAUGGAUGCAGUGGAGAGCAAAGUAAAACACAUGGAUGAAAACACCAAAUUGUGUACCAUUUCAAUGGAUGAGAUGUCCCUCAAGGUGAACCUUGCAUAUGACUCAUCCAAAGACGAAGUCAUCGGCCUCCAGGACUUUGGAGAUGCGACUAAAACCAAAGAGCUAGCAACAUCAGCAUUGGUUCUUAUGGCCCGAGGCGUAAUGGGAAAUUGGAAACAACCGCUGGGUUACUACCUGGUUAAUGAAUCGUGUGACAGCGAUAAAGUAAAAGAAAAAUUAUUUGAAGCAAUUGACAAAGCCACUUCAAUUGGGUUGACUGUCACAGCCGUUAUUUCUGAUCUUGGUUCCAACUUCAUAAAAUUAGCAAGAGAUCUCAACAUCACCCCCGAGAAACCUUGGUUCAUACACAAUGGUAAGAAAAUUAUCUACAUUUUUGAUCCACCACAUGUAAUCAAGGCGGUAAGAAAUAACAUGAUAAACUACGAGUUUCACUUCGACAAUAAAGUCGCCAGUUGGAAAGAUGUUGAAGCCCUUUAUGCCAACGACAAAGCCCAGUCCAUUCGGUGCUGUCCUAAGUUGACAGACAACCACAUCCAUCCAAAUGGUUUCAAGAAGAUGAAGGUUAAACUUGCCACACAAUUUUUGAGCCAUACCGUAGCAGCAGCAAUAAUGAUGUCAGUAAGCAUUGGCACUCUCCCAGCGUCAGCAUCUGGUACCGCAGACUUAAUAACCAAACUGGAUCAAAUCUUUGACUGUUUGAAUAGCAGUACCCUUAAAGCUGGAAAAUUUCUCCGUCGACCAAUCACCAGUAACUCCCAGCAUGUGCAGUUUAUGAAAGAAAUGCUCACAUUUAUCGCGUCGAUCAAGGUAAUCAACCCAGAAAAUCAAAAAGAUGCUACCAACACCCUGAAAUGUCUGCGAGGAUUACGUGUGACUUUGCAAGGAACACUCGAACUCUGGCAACAAUUGCAAAGAAGACCAGAAGUUAAGUUUCUUUACACACGCCGCCUAAACCAGGAUCCACUUGAGAAUUUCUUUGGCACCAUUCGACAACAAGGGGGGAAUUCUGAUAAUCCAACACCAAUUCAAUUCUGCAGAGCAUUUCGAAAGCUAUUUUAUGAUAACAUAGCAGAACAGUCUUUGGGAAAUUGUGUGGGAGAUCUAGAUACACUACUUGUUUCACAUCCAGAUAAGAAAUCAGCUACGGUCACAGAAGAGUCAUCUGAGCCAUUUAAAGUCGAGGAUUCAGAUUACCGAUUGCACGAAAUUGAGAACAAUCUCACUU